CGCUGUUUAAAAGGACAAUGAAACGUCCCACGUGUGACGUAGAGGUCAGAGGUCAGAGCGUCGUCCUGCACACACAAGAGAAUGACAACAUUACGAGCUUUCACCUGCGAUGAUCUGUUUAAAUUCAACAACAUUAAUCUGGACCCAUUGACAGAAACUUAUGGAAUUCCCUUCUAUCUUCAGUAUUUGGCUCACUGGCCGGAGUAUUUCAUAGUAGCAGAGGCUCCGGGCGGUGAACUGAUGGGCUACAUCAUGGGAAAGGCAGAGGGGUCCGUCGCUAGAGAGGAAUGGCACGGGCACGUCACCGCUCUCUCUGUGGCGCCGGAGUUCAGACGGCUGGGUCUGGCUGCCAAACUCAUGGAGAUGUUAGAGGAGAUCUCAGAAAGGAAGGGUGGAUUCUUUGUGGAUCUCUUUGUGCGAGUUUCUAAUCAAGUGGCUGUGAAUAUGUACAAACAGCUCGGCUACAGCGUGUACAGAACCGUUAUAGAGUAUUACUCGGCCAGUAACGGUGAACCUGACGAAGAUGCUUACGAUAUGAGGAAAGCUUUAUCCAGAGACACAGAGAAGAAAUCCAUAAUCCCGCUCCCGCAUCCAGUCCGGCCAGAAGAUAUUGAAUAACACUAAUAUGUGGCUCUCUGAAAUCCUCAACAUCCAACUGGGAAAACAGACAUUUGCUUUUUUGAUCACAAUAUUGUUUUGAAAUAUCAGAGAGCCACUGCUUUGAAUGAAUUGUUUUCUUUUGGGUUAAUGCAGCUGAAAAUAAAGGACUUUGGGACUGUAGUUACAUUAAAUAAAAAGGUUAAAGCAAACACUGGGCGUAUUUGUCUUUUUAAAUCAAAUAUGGUCGGGGUCAUAGACGGUUUCUGUUGUGAUAUGUUUGCCUCAGUUCUCUGGUUUUCCCUGUAAUAUUGAAAACGCUGUCAAAAUAAGACAGGGAACACUAUGGACAAACAAUUAUAAUAAACUUCUUCCUGUAAAUGUGUCAAAACAGCUUCAGUAAAUUAAUUCAAUAAACGCAGACUCCUCUGCAUUCUUACUGUA